AUGGCUCAUGCUAAAAAUGUUAUUGUCCUCUUGGCAGUGCUUUUAGCUGGAGAAUGUGUUUUAGCCGCUGACCCUAAAAUUAUUAACGGUCCCUCCGAUGUCACUGUAUUUGUCGACGAAAACACACCAAUAGGAACUGUAAUCUAUGACGUGGAUGCCGAGAUUGCCGAUGGAAAGACACUCGAGUAUAAAUUCAUUGGUGGAGGUCCUGGAAAAUUCAUAAUGAAUAUAAAUAAUGGAGAACUUUCAGUAUCUGGCACAUUGGACUUUGAGGAUGUUAAUCGUUAUCAAUUCAUUGUUCGUGUUACAGAGACAGGUAAAAUAAAUGGUCCUCUUGUGGGCUUCGUGGUCAAUAUUUUACCAUUGAACAAAUAUGCGCCAGAGUUUACUCCAAAGAUAUUAAGAGUUAAUAUCAGUGAAACCUCUCCCUCGGAUUCUGUUGUUGCUGAUUUGACCUGUAUUGACAUAGACAACGGGACCAAUCCUGGAUGUACUACAAUAUCCAUAUUAUUUGGGGAUGAUACAAUACCAAAAUUCAAGGUUGUCAAUAACCAGAUAUUGACAACCAGCACUCCCAUAGACUAUGACACCAUGACGGCUAAGAACUUCCUCUAUAAGCUCGUUGUCAUAGCAACCGAUACCCCAUCAGUAGGCAACCAGAGAACAGGAACAACGACUGUUCUAGUUAACGUAGUACCUGUCAACGAGUAUGAUCCCUCCAUCAGUGGACAACCAAUCAGAUAUAAGAUUUCUGAAAGUACUCAAGUAGGAACAGAGGUCCUUUCCAUGACUGCCACAGACAAUGACGCAGGGACCCACGGAGAGCUGACGUACCAGAUCACAGGUGGAAAUUCUGAGGACGCAUUUUUUAUUCUGAAAAAGUCGGGGAAGAUACACACAAAGAAAAGACUAGAUUUCGAGAGAACGCCAUCGUAUUCUCUCACAGUAGAGGUCAAGGACGGAGGAUCUCGAACUAGUACCGCGGUAGUGGAUAUCACGGUUACUGACGUCAACGAUACCCCUCCCGUGUGUUCUCCAGACCACUAUAAGAAAACUGUGGACGAGACGCUACUCAUUGGAAGCACUGUCCUUACUCUUUCCUGCUCGGACGAAGAUGCCGGAACAAAUCUAGGUUAUACAAUUACCUCCGGGGAAAGCGGAGACCUCGAGAUUACACCUAGCGGAGCAGUGAGAGUUAAACGUGACCUAGGCUACGAUCAGGGACUUUUCGCCUAUCUUCUGAAUAUAGAAGUAACAGACACCCAGCAUACUACGUCCGUAAUUGUAUUGAUUAAUUUAAAUCCUGUUAAUGAAUACCCCCCUCUGUUGGCUCCACUCUCGGUGAUCGUUAGUGAGGAUACAAUAUUGGGGACAGAGAUCGCAUCAUUGACCGCCACUGAUCGGGACGCCUCUCCUAACAAUGUCCUCUCAUUUGAAAUAGUGUCAGUACAAAAUGCUGCAGUGGACGCCUUUUUGGUGGACAGUGUGACUGGUAAAAUAUAUCUAACGCACUAUUUAGACUUUGAGUCAAUCCCUGUUUACAAGAUAGUUGUGAUAGUAGACGAUGGUGGAACUUCAAAGGGAACAGGAACUGUCACAGUAUCAGUAAGAAAUAUCAAUGACAACGCCCCAUACUGUCCAAAAACUGUCUUUAAUAUCAUGGUAUCAGAACUGACGGGGAAAGAUAGUGUGAUAAUUCCGGACUUUGGCUGCUCUGAUCGGGAUCUCGAUGUUCUUUAUUAUUCCCUCAACCAAAUUCCUAGUGACAAUACCUUUGAUGUAAUUACGGGACAACUUAAACUUAAAGGGACCUUGGAUUAUGAGACAACUCCAUUCUACAGUAUAGAAAUCAAUAUUGGAGAUGGUAACUACAUAACAAAACUUAAAGUCGCAGUGAAUGUCAUUAACGAAAACGAGGGGCCACCCCAAUUUAUAAACUCAGAUAUCAGAAAGUACUUCAGAGAGGAUACCGAUCCAGGAACUGUUAUUGCCAUCUUGACGGCUACAGAUCCUGAUAAUGGUGUAUUCACCUACAAUUUUCGAACAACUUAUCAAGGGUUUAUACUGGAUUCUAAAAGUGGAGAGAUUAUCCUGACUAAAUCUUUGGACAGAGAGAAAACUUCGUCACAUGAACUAAAUAUUGUGGCAUCUGAUGGAACUAGGUCAUCAACUGCGACGGUGCAAAUCUCUGUACUUGAUGUCAAUGAACGUCCUAGAUUCAGCAAACCAAAUUAUGUAUUUUCCGUCGCAGAGAACACAUUAUCUGGACAAAGUGUGGGAAAAGCCUCUGCUAUUGAUGCUGAUACAGGCGGGACUAAUGGGUUACUCCGACACAACAUACUAUCAGGAAACGAAGACUUGUACUUUCAAAUAGACCCGACAACUGGAGAGAUCACUGUAGCCACCCCACCCGAUUUUGAAAACGCCAUGUCUAUUGUUCUAGUAAUCCAAGCUACAGAUCAAGGUUUUCCUUCGACAUUUGAAAUCUGUACAGUCACAAUAAACAUUUUAGAUGUCAACGACAACUCACCAGCGUUUGCAUCCUCACGCAUACGAAAAUGGAUUUCAGAAGAUGCAAGCGUUGGAUUAUCGGUCAUUCAGAUUUUUGCUACAGAUACUGACUCAUCCUUAAAUGGCAACAAUAAGUUCACAUUUAUUUCAAACAACGCGGCCCCUUUCCAAAUUGAUUCUGACAGUGGCAUUGUAACUGUUAGAAAUUCUCUAGACAGAGAGACAACAAGCAGAUACGACAUGGUUAUAACUGCUGUGGACAGAGGUACCCCUCCUUUGACAGGCUUCCUAACACUGGAAAUUUUUCUCACUGAUGUAAACGACAAUGCUCCAUUUUUCAUAGGAACAUACGACACUUCUAUCCCUGAAGAUGUUUUGGAAGACACUAUAAUAUUUGUUUUCACUUCCGAUGAUAUUGAUGAGGACGGCGGUGACAAUUUUAACUAUACCAUACUAUCGGGAAAUCUUUACUCUAGUUUUAAACUAGAUUCUUCGAACGGACUCUUACAAGUGGCAUCGAACUUAAACCGGGAAUUGGUGGAUAAGUUUGAAUUAGUUAUUCAAGUAACUGAUAGUGGAAUUCCAUCAAGGUCAACAUCUGUGACGGCAACUAUCAAUAUUAAAGAUGUCAAUGAUGAAUAUCCAGUAUUUGAAAUAUCUUCAAACACCUUUUCAGUCAAAGAGCACACAGUGUCUCCAACAGUGUUAGCCCAGAUUAAAGCUACCGAUUCUGAUGAGGGCUUUAAUGCCAAGUUGAAGUACAGCAUAGCUACUAACUGGAAAGGUGCAUCAGGCAUGUUUGGUAUUAAUGACACUUCAGGGGAAAUUUAUACAGUCGGUGAUUUUGAUCGUGAGGUGGAAUCAGAGUAUUUAUUGUGGGUCCGUGUUCAAGAUCACGGAUCUCCUCCAAGGUCUGCGGAGGUAACCGUGAACAUCACAAUAGAAGAUCUAAAUGACAAUACGCCAAUAUUUGGACAAAAAGAAUACUCUGUGUAUGUGUUAGAAAACCUUGAUAGAGGAAGCAAAGUAUUAUCUACUGGAGCUGUUGAUUCUGAUGAAGGCUUGAAUGGAGAAAUAAAGUACGAACUAGAUUAUACUACACAGGAAGGGUUACUGGCUGACAAUUUCUUCGGUGUGCGAUCAACUUCCGGUGAUGUUAUUCUAAAACGCCGUAUGGAUAGAGAAACAUAUGAUGAUUUUACUUUCACUGUUAUAGCAAGGGAUAGUGGUUCGCCCCCUCAGUCUUCGAAAGUGAAUGUGACAAUAUAUGUCCUAGACGUCAAUGAUAACAGACCACAGUUCUCUCCAGAUUUCUAUAACUUUGAAGCAUCUUUGACGGAUUAUUGUGAUGCGUCUAUAACUGUAGUCACUGCUGUAGACAGUGACCUAGGAAUUAAUGCUCUUGUUACCUACAGCAUUCCUGAUGAUAAUACUGAACCUUUCUUGGUCGAUGAUUCUGGGAAUGUCAAAGCAAAUGCAGAGCUAAAAGAAGCAAAAUAUAUAAUUGAAAUAAUGUCCUCUGAUAAAGGAGACCCUGAGAUGAAGUCCUUAAAGAAUGCAAUAAUUAGAAUUGAUACAUUUAAAGCUGAAAACAUUGUCAUCACCUUUUACCUUGAUAUGACAUUAGUGUCCUAUUUAUCAGUUGAAGAGGAAUUGAUAAAUCAUAUACAGGAAGUGUUGAGGGCGUCUUUUCCAACAGCAUAUGUAAAAAGGUGGUGCGUAGAGGAUAACGUUAGAUCGGUGCUUGUUCAUGUCUAUGCUGUAAAGAGUGAUAUUACGGAAAAUGUAAACAAUUUGCAUAAAGAUAAAAAAUUCGUAACAAAUGGGGAAUUCAUUAAUCUUCUCCAACUCAAUCCCAGUGAAAUCCCAACAGUAACGAUAAACGAAAAAUCAUGGGAUAAAUACAGAAUAGAAAAAGUUGUUCCAUUUGGCGAGAAGCUCAUAUUCCCUACGCCUGCUAAAGUAGUAACAACAGAAGAGAAGGACGACUUGGGAUUGAUUCUUGGGAUAUUUUUUGGGCUUCUUGUGGCCCUUAUAGCAGCUAUCAUUAUUCUUUACUUAGUCUGGAGAAGAAAAUUAUGUCGAAAGAAAAAAGACAGUGAAAACACAAAGAGGCCUAGAGUUCAGAUUAUUGAAAUCAGAGGUGUAGGCAGACGAGUGUCCAUUGAUGAAGAAAGCGAGACAACUGAUAACAAAAACCCAAUCAACAAAACAACAACAACAACCGUUUCUGUUGUUACUCCCUUCCAACUAUCGGAAUCCAAACUUCAUGACGUUGAAAAAGUGGAGGCGUUAGGUGGACCUUUGAUAAAUGUUCCAUCAAUAGAGAAGCCAGUCUUUGAUGGACCGUCCCGAGAAGUAUCUGUCUUAUCUUCUAGACAGGAUUUCAAAAGCGUUACAUUAAGUCCAUCACUCCUUGGCAACACGAUGUCAAAUGCCUCAACACCCCUCCCUACAAAACCAGCCCUUCAUAAUCCAAACAGAGGGCGAGACUUUGUUACAGGUUGGGUUUUUGAAGAAGAUCCCGAGACUCAGACCAGAAAAUGGGUUCGCACACCAGAUGGGGAUCCGAUUUUUGACGUCUCGCGUGAAUAGAUAGCUGAAGAGAAUACUCCAGAGUUCCAUUUAUUAAGUUUGCGUAAAUGUAUUUCUUGUAAUGACAUAUUAAACACCUGUAAAAUUACGCUUAAGUGAUUUGUUUUCUUUCUUAUACAAAUGCAUACAUCUAGUUAUUAAUAUGCAAAAUUUUAAAUUUAGGGCAUUAUGGUUAAA